UUAAAAUACCAGAAAAGGACUCUCUCUCUUUCUUUCUCGACUCUGCCCAUCAUAAAUGACUUUCAACUUUUGAACUCUCCCCACCUCUCGUCUACCUGUUGGACUCAUAAACACCUCUCCUUCGAAUCUGCUUUUCAUUUUCUAUCAGCUUCCUUUAUUGUAAGGCCGACAUACAUAAACAGCUGUAGAAACUUAAUAUUUAUCACCGUGGAGCAAGAGCAAUGAACGAGAUUCUAAAGGGGAUUUUCUUCAUAAUUUUAAUGGGAUUUCUUAUAUAAAUUUUAAAUUCAACAUUAGCUUUCAUAGUUGGAUCCAUGCCUUCUGCUGGGUCACCUCAGUGGCAGGAGAAGGCUACUGUUUUCUUUUCCUCGUCAGGGACAAAGCUUAAAGAAGCUGGGCAAUCUGCUGGAACAUAUGUGGGAGGAGUUGCAAAGGAUGCCAGAGGUAAUGUUGCUGAUGCAGCGGAACGAUUUGGAUCAGCAGUUAAAAGUCGAUGGGCGUUUCUUCGGGAGCCAUCAACGAGGCAUGUUCUGCAGGAAAAUUUGAUAACUGCAGCAGCUACAACUGGCAUGUUCUUGAGGAAGGGCUUAUCAGAUACAAAGGACAAAGUUGCUGUUGGGAAGACAAAAGUUGAAGAGGCCGCAAAAAAGACUGCUCAAAAAAGUAAGACAAUUAUCACUGAUAUUGAAAGAUGGCAAAAGGGAAUUGCCAGCACUGAUGUAUUUGGAGUGCCGAUUGAAGUCACUGUACAACGGCAACGAUCCAGCAGUCUUGUUCCCCACAUUUUGGUCAAAUGUGCAGAUUAUCUCAUAUUAUCAGGAUUAAACUCAAUGGACUUGUUUAAAGCUGAAGGAGAGAAAAAGGUUAUUCAGCACUUGGUUUCUGUGUACAACCAAGAUUCCAAUGCUUCAUUACCAGAAGGUGUAAAUCCACUUGAUGUGGCAGCUCUAAUAAAAUGUUAUCUUGCAAGCCUUCCUGAACCCCUAACAACAUUUGAGCUCUAUAAUGAGAUUAAAGGUGCUCGUUCUAGCAUAUAUGCGAUGAAAAAUAUCCUAAAGAAGCUUCCUACUGUCAACUAUAUGACUUUGGAGCUUAUCACAGCACUGCUGCUCCGAGUCAGCCAGAAGUCACUUCUUAACAAGAUGGAUGCACGAAGCCUUGCCAUGGAGAUUGCCCCUGUUGUAAUGUGGCAGAAAGAGCAGAAACCAGAAUUUUACAGGCAAUACUGGAGUCAGGCAUCUAGAAAUCCUCCCAAGAGGAGCAGGGACCCAGCGCCUAAUUACAGUGCAUGGGACAUGCUUUCAGAUGAGGGUGAAGAUCUGGAUGCUUCAUCUCCUAUUCCCUUGGAUGAUGGUACACCUGUGGACUUCAGUGCUAUUGAGGUCAUUCAGUGUCUCAUAGAACAGCACAACACAAUCUUUACAGACGCAAAUGAGACAGUUUGGAGGUAACUUGAAGAUCAUUGAACAGCACCUGUUUCCUGGAUUUCCAAUGUGACCAAAUAUCCUUCGGUUUGAAAUACUAACGAUUAAUUCAAUUUCUGAAUAUCAUCCAUAUAACAAUCGCUCGAUAGUGGUUAUUACAGCUUUAGAAAAAACCUGGGACUAUUCGAUGUGGUUCUGUGAAUGUUGGUGGUUAGGAAAUUGUGUAUUCAAAAUUAUUAGGAUGUUUUUGACAAGCCACGGUGGAAAACGUAUCCAAAUGUUUUUCUAGUGUAACAUUUCAAUAUUGCGCUAGCAUUUGAUAACAUAUGGUUCAUGAAAAGUAGCUUUAGUAUUUGAAAGAGAGUUGUUUUGCUUUGCCCCAACUUAUUUGUUUGGAGAAGGUUGAUAAAUAAGAUAAUGUGACGUUCAGCAA